AUGGUCGCCAAAUUAGUUGAGUUAUGUGCAUAUACAGUUAUUAAUCAUUUUAAUACAAUUAGUGAAACACAGUCAUCAACAUUAAUUGCACUACCGGUUGAUCUAAAAGCACGUCUAUUUACUUUACUUUCUCAUCGUGGCCUUAUAACAGAUGAUAAUUUACCACUUUUACUUAAUUGUCGUACACGUACAUUCGAUUUUCGAGAUUGUACAAAUAUAACAGAUACAUCAUUGAUAUUAAUGGCACAUUGUUCAUUAAAUGCUCAAAUCGAACGAAAACGUCUUGAAUCAAAUCAAACUGAAACAACAACACAUAUAAUAACGUCUGUAUUGAAUCCGUCUAUUAUUUAUCUACGUGGAAUAAAUAUAACUGAUUAUGGUUUAAUAGAAUUUGUUCAACAAUAUCCAUCAUUACGAAAAAUUCGUGUUCAAAAUUGUUCACAAUUAACUGAUGAAAGUAUUUGUGCUAUAGGCAAAUAUUGUUCACGUUUAAUGGAACUUGACUUAACUGGUUGUAUAAAAAUAACAGAUGAAGGUAUAAAUAGUCUUCGUCAAUUACCAUAUCUUCGUUCAUUAGGCUUAUCUCAAACACAAAUAAGUGAUAAUUCAUUAAUUUCUAUUGGACAAUCAUCAUUUCAUUAUACAUUGAAUGAAAUUAAUUUACGAAUGUGUAAAGAAAUAACAGAUGAUGGUUUUCUUUAUUUGCUCAAAAAUUGUCCAAAAUUAAAAAAAAUUGGCUUCAUUCAAUGUCCAAAAUUAACUGAACGAUCAAGACAAAUUUUAAAUCCAAAUACACAUCAAUUUUCAUUUCUUCUUUCGACAAUUCCUGUUUCAUAA